AUGCUCCUGGCUUAUAUUAUGAUCCCAGUGGUAGAGAAAGAGGUGAAUGACUUCAAGGAUGUAGUAUGGAAUACUCAUCGUAUUCGUGCUCAGAAAGACACAUAUCUCCCAAAUGGAGUCCCGAACCACAUGUGUAGCUUUCCUGAAAAGUAUGGAUUACAAGAAUGUGGUAUGUCGUCUGACAUUGAUUAAACAGAUUAAAAUGGUCUGUACGUACUUAGAUAGAAUAAAAUAAUUAUGGGAGCAAAUUCUGAUGCAUUGUUGUGCGCCAAGGGUGGAUCUGGCCUAAUCUGUUAGAGGCAAAGGGUGUUUUCGAGAGAGGGAUGCAUUACUAGGGGGGGUGUUAAAAAUUAAAUUCAAAACUCUAAACUGCUAUUCUGGGCAAUAAAUUUAUUUGUUAAAUUUGUUAUCACAUUACAGCGAAUUCAAAAUUUAAUACAAAAUGGCAGAUUUUAUGAAGUGGGUGCUGGACACCACCAGGGGCCACAAACCCUCCUGCACUCCCCCCCCCCCCUAUACCAUACCCUUCCUUUACCCCCAGUAGUUCCACCUAUGUUGUGCACUUAAAGGAUAAAGUAUACUUGUUUCCCUUAUUUGCAGGAAUACCAGUGACAGAUGAUCAACUUGAAGAGGUUGCUGUGGAAUCUGGUGUCCUUGAUGUACCAGAUGAUUAUCUUACAACUGAAUUCAGAGAGGAAUGUGAGAGAAUUGUUGAUCUAAAACAUUUGCAACCUUCAGAUUGCAAAGAGGCAUUUCUGUUUCUAAAACAACAUUUCAGACACUAA